AUGUCACAACCCUCCUGGUUCGAGAUACCGGCUGAGUCGGACUUCUCCCUUGCAAAUCUGCCGUUUGGCGUUAUCAGCCAUGCCGGACUUGCCCAACCGCAUCCUGCAGUGGCCAUUGGGAACCAUGCGUUGGAUUUGUCAAUAUUUGCUGAUGCGGGGGGUUUCUCUAAGCUCUCGGAAAUCCAGCCGCAUCUAAAUGUCUUUAAGCAAGAAACCUUGAAUGGGUUUGCGGCACUGGGAAGGCCCUUCCACAGAAAGGUGCGCGAGUACCUUCGCAGCUUGUUUCUGGAAGGCACACCGUAUCCGGACCUGUUACGCGAUAACCAAAAGCUUCGCCGAGACAGUCUGAUACCAUUGGCCAAGGUUUCCAAUAGGUUGCCUAUCCAAAUAGGAGACUAUACCGACUUCUACGCGGGGAAGAAUCAUGCAUAUAAUGUUGGUGUGCUCUUCCGGGGCCCGGCGAACGCAUUGCAACCAAACUAUACCAACCUUCCCGUAGCCUAUCACGGGCGCGCAUCAUCUGUGGUGAUUUCAGGGACACCGAUCCGGAGGCCAUGGGGCCAAAUCCUGGACGCAGACAAGAACCCCACCUAUCAGCCUUGCAAGCGGUUAGACAUUGAGCUAGAACUUGGCGUGUUGAUGUGCAAGAGCAACAUCAUGGGCUCUCCUGUACCUAUUGCGAGGGCAGAGGACCAUAUCUUUGGCUACGUCUUGAUGAACGACUGGUCAGCGCGCGAUAUCCAGGCGUGGGAGUAUGUACCUCUGGGGCCCUUCAACUCCAAGAACUUUGGUACUACAAUCAGCGCCUGGGUGGUUCUCGCAGACGCUCUGGAACCAUUCCGAACAGAAGGUAUCAAGAAUGAUACUCAACUGCAGUCUUAUUUGCAGCCACUAACCUCCCGGGACGCUUUUGACAUCAAUCUCGAGGUUGAUAUUCGAGAAAACCAAAACGUAUCAACCGUCACCAAGACAAAUGCCAAGAACCUACUAUGGUCCUUCCCUCAGAUGGUUGCUCAUCAUACUGUAGCGGGUUGCCCGCUGAAUGUGGGGGACCUCUUUGGGUCGGGUACCAUAAGUGGCACAGAAGCAGGUAGCCAGGGAAGUUUACUAGAGGUCACGGAGGGCGGAAAGACGCCCGUAAAACUAAGUAGUGGCGCUGAAAGGGUGUUCUUAGCUGAUGGUGACGAGAUUACGAUCAGGGGCUGGUCGGAGAAAGACGGGACAAGAGUUGGCUUUGGCAGUUGUACCGGCCAGAUUCUUGAAGCAUGGAAGACUGGCUAUGAGCAAUAG